UGCUGGAGUGUAACGGUUAGGAGAAGCACGAGCUGACUGCUAGACACACGCGAGCUUUUCCAUGCUACGGCACAAGAAGGAAACGGAAACUCAAUAUAUAUGAAUAAUCUGAGGGGUUUUUCCCCUCACAGUGAAAAUAAAUAACAUACCAGAGGGAAGGCAGCUAUGAGACUGAACAGAGACACCGAGGACGGCAAAGGUUCCUUGUCACUGGGCGUGUUCCUCAUGUCAGUUGGUCUUACUGUGUGCGUCGUGUGGCUCGUGGCGCUCUGCGGCAUCUGUGGAUGGUGCCAACGCAGACUGGUGAGUGAUGUCACUUCCUGUUUCAAGGGGAAGAGGAAUAAGCCAGGUUUGGACACGGCAAGUUCUCCAGACUCAGUGUCGGUUCGAGGCCGGGGUGAAAAUAAAGCCAUCAAUGAUCUUGACAGAGACUUUUGGAAUAAUAAUGACAGCAGUAAUGUUCAGCAACGGUGGAGCUCCUAUCCUCCUAAAGAGUUUCUCUUGAACAUGUCUCCCUAUGCUCCAUAUGGAGACCCUCGUCUAACACCCAAUGGCUCGUUGGAGAAGUGCGAGGUGGGAGGGGGGACAGGGGCCGGCCCCAGUCGCAGUGACAGCUCCAGGAGUGUAGAGGCAGGAAGCAGCAAGGUCGGGAAGUGGCAAACCGUCAAGAGCCACAUGCACUCCGGCAGCUUGCGGCCCACCAAUUUUGGGGACACGUCCCCACUCUCCACAGCGUCCACUUUGGAGCACAUCGCACCCUCUGCGUGUCUUCCUCGGCCUCUCAUCAGACAGCAAAGCCUCCAGCAGCCCCUGACCCCCCGGCCCCCUCCGCCGCCCAACGACCCCCCUGCCACCUCACAGAGCCUGGGGCAGUUACACAGUAGCUCCGGGGGCGGCGGGGGGCAGCGGGGGGGUACAAGACCGGGGGCAAGGGGCAGCCCAGCCGCACCCGGGGCAUCUCGCUACAGAGCAGGCACAGGGGCACGUUCCCGCUCUAACCCGGGCAGCUGGGAUCACAUGAUGGGGCAAAUACGCACCAGGGGCAUGGACGUCAAAUCCUUCCUGGAAGGUAAGAUGGUGGUGUUGUCUUUGGCGAUUGGCCUGGCUGAGCAGGACGACUUCGCUAACCUACCAGACCUGCAGGAGAAUCCAACAAGCCAAGAAACUCCUCCUGGAGACAAGAGAGCCAUCAGUAACAAGACCAACAGCAGUCCUAAAGGUCAGACCCCAGAUGAGAGCAACCGACGCACGGAUGCUAACUCCUCUGUCUCAGACCUCGCCAACUCCGUUACCAGCGACAUGCUCAUGUUGUCUCCGGGCUCUGAAGAGGAGGAACAUGAGGGUCCAGUGUGUGAGAAACUUGGUCGAAUACAGUUCAGUGUGGGCUACAGCUUCCAGGACUCCACACUUACCGUGAAGAUCCUUAAAGGCCAGGAUCUCCCAGCAAAAGAUUUCUCUGGAACCUCAGACCCAUUUGUUAAAAUCUAUCUGCUUCCAGACAAGAAACACAAACUAGAGACCAAAGUGAAGAGAAAAAACCUGAACCCUCACUGGAAUGAAACCUUCCUGUUUGAAGGUUUCCCAUAUGAGAAGGUGGUCCAGCGCACUCUGUAUCUGCAGGUGCUAGAUUAUGACCGAUUCAGCAGAAAUGACCCCAUCGGUGAGGUGUCGAUUCCACUCAACAAGAUCAAUCUUGCUCAAAUGGAGACCUUCUGGAAAGAGCUCAAACCAUGCAGUGAUGGCAGCGGUAGUCGAGGUGACCUGUUGGUGUCGUUGUGUUACAAUCCCACGGUUAAUACCAUCACUGUGAACAUCAUAAAGGCACGCAAUUUAAAAGCCAUGGACAUCGGCGGCACCUCCGACCCCUAUGUGAAAGUGUGGCUGAUGCACAAAGACAAACGAGUGGAAAAGAAGAAGACAGUAGUAAUGAAGAGGUGUCUGAACCCUGUAUUUAACGAGUCCUUUCCUUUCGAUGUUCCUGCUCAUGUGCUGAGAGAGACCACCAUUGUCAUCACAGUCAUGGAUAAGGACAGACUCAGUCGAAAUGAUGUUAUAGGCAAGAUCUAUCUCUCAUGGAAAAGUGGCCCUGCAGAGGUGAAACACUGGAAGGAUAUGAUGGGCCAUCCUCGCACUGCCGUUGCCCAGUGGCAUGCCCUCAAAGCUUAAUGGACCCACCCACUAGCCCCGCCCCCAGAUUAAAUCCACACCUACAAGCCCCGUUAAUAUGCACAAGCUUGAACACGGGUACCAAAAGCCAUUCAACAUUUUCUCCUUUUCUCUCUUUUCUUCUGUGUGACUUCUUUAUCUAGUUCUUACAUGUUUUUCCUGAUUUGCACCUGCUAAGAUCCCUCUUUCCCUUUUUGCCAAAAAAAAGAGGCUAAGCACUGCCAAGAAGAUUGUAAAAGUCCUGUGUUAUGUAAUAGAAAGCAGGCUUGUCUUCCUUCAGAUUAUUUAUUUUGACUGUUCAGUUGCCUCGGGAACAACCCAACGUCCAACCAGGAUGAUGGGGCUUCGAACCAGCUGAAAAAGUUAAAAACUCUGCCCUUUUACUGCCAUGUUUUUGUAUUCCUUCAUUCAUUCCUCAUUCCCCCUUGUGAAGAUCCAUAAGGAUCGCCUCGCAGUGCAAUACUUGAUGGAAGAAGAGUUGAACUCUUUACUUGAACCUCUUCACCAUCUCCUGCCAGUUUUGCUGGCACCAAGUGUAGAAACCCAUGUUUGCUGGAAUUCCUUGUCAUAUGUUUGUACCGUGGGUGCCGUGAUGUGAUAAAAAAAAAGUUGGUGUUUAAAAAAACUUUUUUUAUGGCUGGAUCAAAGGCUUAGGGCAUUUGCAGAAAUUUGUUUCAGUUCUGGUUUAAAUGAAAAUGGUGGGAACAAUUUUGUCAAUAUAUAGAUGAAAACCAAGAUGGAUAUUUCUGAAUCAAUAUUCCUUUGUAGUUCUUGGAUUAACCCUGUUUGCUCACUCCACCAUAUCUGAGACCUGAGCCACUUAGAAACGUCCUCCAGAGUUAUUGUGUACAUAGCUUUAAACGUACACAAUAUAAAAUAAAACUUAUUCUAAAAUACUUGUUGGAAUUGAUUAUGCAUCUCUUUUAUUAUUCAACAAAAUGAGGACUGUUAAGGUUUAUUAGUAGCUAGGUAGCAUGCUGAGCUGAGUGGCGCUACACAUUUGAGUGGUAUACAUACAAACGUAAUAUUUUCAACAAAUGAUCAGUUUUGCUCAAACUGAGCUGUUUUACACUUUGGAAGCUGCUGCGUCUGGAGGAAUCUUCAAGUGGCUCAGGAACGGGAGAGACGACAUCAGAUAGUUCAGCUGCUGGAUAGGGUUGUUGAUUCUGGUACACCGAACAUCCAUCAACAUCUCCUACAUAAAAAAUCAACUCAUGUUGAUUAGCAUGGGCACAGUGUAGUUAGCCUAGGUCACAGAUAUCUUUAUGCUUACAUUAAAUCCACAACUGAUCCAUACCCGUACCUUCAGCUGCUGUAUUUACAUCCACCCAAAACAACAGAACUGAGGAAACAUCUGUGUCUGAUAUGACCAAAAGAACCAAAUGAUGAAAUUGUGAAAGUGCCCUUGGUGCAAAUCAAAGUCGAAAAGAUAAACAUUCCAAUAAUAUAUCAAACAGGGCAGGAGGAGGACUUCUCAACUUUUCAUUGUUGUUCUGAAGUCAGUUAAAAUGCUUAAAAGCUUCCAUGGCAGAGAGGUCUUAUGAUUGGUGGCAGCAGGUGUGUGUGUGUGAGUGGUGUGUGUGUGUUUGUGAGUGUGUUUGUGUGUGUGUGUGUGUGUGUGUGUGUGUGUGUGUGUGUGUGUGAGUGUGUGUGUGAGUGUGUGUGUGUGUGUGCUAGACCAGUAGUACUGCACUAUUAUUAGAAGCUGCAAACUCGAUGCAGUGUGUGUGCUGCAUCACCUGCAUUAUUUUCUUAACCAGAUCACUGCCAGUGUUAAACAAACUUCCUUGUAGAGUUUAUUUUUAUGAGCCAAAGUAGUACUUUUAAUUAAUAUCCCAUCUACUGAGCAAAUGAUGAGCUUGAAGGGAAGUAGCAGUUUAUCUUUGUGUGAAAGUUGUAAUUUAUCUAGUCGUUGUCCUUUGUCUGACUAGUGUAAGUAAGAAAGUUAGAUAUGUGAAUGUUAACAGGAACAAACCGAUUCAGGUGGAACUCGGCUCAUUAAUACUGCUUAAAUGAAAUUAAGCCCUUAUUAGCGCUAGUAUAGAAUACUUAUCUUGCUUUCCUAUAGUUUACUGUAUUUUCUGGAUUAGGCUAGCAUUUUAGGAUUGAAAUCUCAGCAUUCCUUCAUUCUGAUUGCUAAUUGUGCUUGCACUGGGUUGAGCUAACAAUGCUAACAGGUUUCACUGAGCACUUUACUGAGGAAAAAUGCAGUGUAACAUGUAAUGAAACAGGGAUAGUGCCAUAACCAUGACUAAAAGGUUUGAGGUCUCAUGAGUCCGUAUCUUGUAACUGAAGGUAUGAUACAUAUCAAAGCAGGUAUUAUUGUUAGCGUUAUGCUUAUAUAGCAUAAAAAUCUCCCAGUGAUGCUGGCAGAAUUUUUUUGUGCUAGAGAGAUUCAGUGUCCAGAAAGUACAGUAUCUAUUGUUGCUAUUUCAAUAGAGAAAUAUAAGCUGUGUGUGUGUUUUUGUGUGUGUGUGUUUGUGUGUGUUUGUGUGUGUGUGUGUGUGUGUGUGUGUGUGUGUGUGUGUGUGUGUGUUUGGCUUGAGGUCCUCUCAUGUUUGCUCUGAAUUUUGGGUUCUUUAUUUAUGGCACCUCAGAGGAGUGUUCCAGUCUCUACAGCAGGCAUGAGCCAAUAUUACAUUUUUAGAUCAUUCAUAAACUUUAUGAACUCUCUCAAGACUUUGUCCUGGAAACUAGCCUAGCUCAUUCUAAAUUAAAUUCAGAUGUAUUUGUUGAUUUAAAGUUUUCACAUGUUUCCUUUGAUAACCUACUGUAAAAGUUCAGACUUAAGGUUCCAUAUUUCUUAUGUAUGGGAACCUGAGCAGACAUGUUUGAGAAACAAAGCUACUGGUAUCAUUCUAAAAAUAAAGUAAAGCUGGUUAACAUGUCAGUAGCAUUUAAAAAUGAAAUACAGUACCUUACCCCAAGUACAGUCCAGCAGCCAAGACAUUUUUAAUGUUCAAUAUUUUCUUCUUUAGAUUUAUUCUGACAGUGCCGAUCUCUUUUUCCUAAACAUGUCUUCAUUUACUUGCUUCAGAUGACUUCAAACUGUGUAAAUUACUUUAAUCAAAUUUGUUAAGCAUAUCACAGUAUCAUGAAGUUAAUUAGAUUGUUAUUCUAAAGCAUUUCACUGAAUUUCUUUCCAAUAACAUUUCACCUUCAAACUUAGUGAUUCUGGUUUCCUCUGUAAUUUACUGCAUUCAGCUACAUUGUGGAUUGAGUUUAUGUUUACAGAUCGCAGUUCCAACACAGUGUUUUAACUACAUGCUGUAUUUACCCUGAAAAUUAUUUGAAUUAUAUUUGUUAUCUGCAUUGGCCACUCACGCUUGUCUUAGCUGUUUGACUUCUUGUGGUGUUUGUGGAAAUUUGUUAAUUUUGCUCAAUCUGAGGAGAAAUAUUUUUAACUGUACUUGUGACAGUGAACUAUUUCACGGAAGAGGCACAGAGAGAAUAUAGAGAGGUUAUGAAUCCUGUAAAGUAAAAAAGGAGUUAUUAUUCACACCAGUGUACAUCUGCAAUCACACACUCGGUGUGUCUGGAGUAUCUGAAACAUCGCACUGACAUUUCGUCCUACAUAUACUGACUGGAAUUGUCAGGCUAGAAGGGUGAGAGACAUCAGGCGUGAGAAUCUCUGGCAGGAAUCUCUUGCUUUUUAACCUUCUUAUGCAUAACGAGCUAUGACAAGCACGACCUUCGCCGUAUACAGAGGGAGAGCUAAGUAUCUUAAGGACAAAUCCAGACUGAAAUAAAAUGAUGGCAUGGUAUGCAGGAGCUGUCACUGGGAAUUUGGAUUAAAAAGGUGUAAAAGAAAAUUGACUAGGCUUUCUUGCCAGAGGCUUGUGUUUUCCACACAUUUCAUUUAAUCAGGUGAAUAAAUCACUUUAUUUGCAAAAUUUUUAAAUAUUUUUGUUUACAAAAUCAGAUUAUCAGUGGGUCAAAACUUUCUCUUUCUUAGUAUUUGGUGGCAUUACUGUUAAAAUUCUUGUAUCUCUCAACAAUCUUCUCACAAUACAGUACUGGAAAGUUUUCUGCUUCCUCCACCAAAGAACUUGUGUAACUCAGUCAGGAUUGUGGGCCUUCUCGCUCAAACACAAUUUUUCUGUUCAGUCCACACAUUUUCUCUGGGAUUCAGGUCAGGACUUUUUGAGGAUCACUCCAAUACCUUUAAUAUGUUGUCGUGUUACACUUUAGAUGUUUGUAUGGGAUCACUCUCCUGAUGGAAGAUCCAAGAUCCAACUUGAGAUAUUUCUUCAGUAUUUCUACUAAUCCACCUUUUUCUAGUUACUGGUGCGGUUUCUUUUCCAGUAAAACAUGAUGCUACCACCCCAUGCUUCACAGUUAGGAUGAGGUUCUUCAUAUUAAAAGCCUUACCCAUUUCCCUCCACAAACAGAGCUGGUCAUUACAGUCUAACAGUUACAUAUCUGUUUCAACUGACCAGAGAACUCCUCCACAUGGCUCCAGAUCUUAUUCACACUUCACUCUGGCUUUUCUAUGCUGCUCCUGGAGUAGGAGAUUCUUGGUGUCUUUAAGACCAUAGUGAUGUAGGAUUCCAGCUCAAACUGAUGCCUCCAACUCCUUCAGCAGUUCCUUUGUUGAUUUCUUGGGGUUCAGCUGAAUCUUAUGGACCAAAGUUCUUGCAUCUCUGGGAGUUAAUUUCUUCCUUCUUUCUGAAUGCUGAAUUUGUUCUUAUACAGAUGUUUUGUACAGAUGCUCAUGGUGGCUUCAGGUGUUGCGAAGGAAGAACCAGACUUCUGAAGGUCCACAGUUUUGUUACUUGGAUUUUUCAAUUAUCUCAAGAGGGGAAGGGUUCUGGCUCUAAAGGAAGAUUCUUAAAUACAGCAACAGCUGCUUUACAAAUAAACGCCUUAUUAUAACAGGUGUCCAAUCAGAAGCUUUUCAUUUCUGGAAUCUUCAACAGUGGAACAGUGAACUUGGGGUACAUAAACUUUUGGCCCACUGGAAUUGUGAUAAAGUGAAAAUUAAAGCUGAAAUAAAUCUCUUUCUAAAACUGUUACAAAUGAUGCUGAUGAGAACAAAGCAAACAACAUAACUGACCAGAAGAAACAUAAAAAUGUCUGGAUUUGAAAAACUGAAAUUAAUAUCUUAAGAUACACAUAAAGAUUUGUCCUCAACUGUUAAUGUUAAUGGUUAUGGUGUUUUUCCCGUAUUGUGUUUUAUUUUACAUUUACCCUAAACCCAGUGGAUGAGAUGAGAACUGAACUUAUCUAUUGUCAUUUUAUAAGACUGCAUUAUGAGAUUACACAGUAAAUAAAUAGUCUACAUUUCGAAGCCACUUCCAAGUGUAAACUCAGGGUGAAGUGGGUGUCACAGGUUACACGUUUUUUUAAAGGCUAACUGUAUGGGGAGUUCAUAACAUGCAUAAAUGCUCACAGAAUAAUGAAUGAUACCAUUGAUACUAUGUACCAUUUUUUUACAUUAUGGUUUACUUUUUCAUACUUUACAUUUCUUUGUCCCUUAAUUAUCCCUCAUUAAACACCUUGUUUUCUCAGGUUAGCAUUUUGCUGCUUCAUGAAGACGUUUGAAGCCUGUUUAAAAUUAAUUUAAAAUUGAAUAAUAAUAAUACAUCUGUUGAUAAAUAAUAAUUAUUAUUAUUCCUAAUAAACAAUUCAUCUGCCUCCCAAUGUAACAGAAACUUUGGUUGCUAAGCAUUUGGGUUUUUUUUUCAGGUUGAGACACUUUUUAUAUUUUGAAGCUAUUCUGUGUUGUGACCUUUCUGGAAAUGAACUCAGCCAGUGUUUGAACAGGUGUGUGUGUGUGUGUGUGUGUGUGUGUGUGUGUGUGUGUGUGUAUGUGUGUGCGUGUGUGUGCGUGUGCAUGUGUGUGUACAGGUUGCAGUAGUGUUAAUGUUGUGUGUUUGGAUAAUGAAUCCCACCCUCUCUUACUUCUAUUGAUCACAAUUUCAAUAUGUGAUGUGCACAAUAUAAUUUGACAUGUUGAUUUAUUUUGGCAUAAAUGUACAGUGUAUAUACGUAUAAAUGUGUAUAUAAAAUGAGGAAACAAACAAAA